UUACAGCGCGGCCAGGACCUGUGGCGCGCUUCCAAGACCACCACGUCCGUGUACUUGCUCUUCGUGGCCAGCGUCCUGAGAUCGGCGCCCGCGGCUGACGGGGCUCAGCUGCAGAGAGAGCUGCGCAAGCUGUGCCGCCUGGCCCGUGACGGUGUCCUCGGGGGCAGGGCGCGGUUCUCGGAGGAGGACCUGGAGCGCCUGCAGCUCUGUGGCGCCAAGGUCCAGACGCAGUUUCUCAGCAAGAAGGAGAUGCCAGGCGUGCUGGAGACAGAGGUCACCUACCAGUUCAUUGAUCAGAGCUUCCAGGAAUUCUUAGCUGCUCUGUCCUACCUGCUGGAGGACGAAGGGGCUCCCAGGGCAGCUGCUGGCGGCAUAGAGGCACUUCUGCAGGGGGACCCGGAGCUGCGCGGCCACCUCAAGCUCACCACGCGCUUCCUCUUCGGGCUGCUGAGCACAGAGAGGAUGUGUGAGAUUGAGCGCCACUUCGGCUGCACAGCUUCAGAGCGCGUGAAGCAGCAGGUCCUGAGGUGGGUGCAGGACCAGGGCCAGGGCUGCCCUAGGGCGGCGCCAGAGGGGACGGAGGAGAUCCUGGCGCCCCAGGGCACUGAGGAGUCAGAGGAGGAGGAGGGCGAGGAGCUCGACUCCCCGCUGGAGCUGCUGUACUGCCUGUACGAGACCCAGGAGGACGCGUUCGUGCACCAGGCCCUCCGCGGCCUCCCUGAGCUGGUGCUGGAGCGAGUGCACUUCAGCAGAAUGGACCUGGCCGUCCUGAGCUACUGUGUGCGGUGCUGCCCGGCCGGGCAGGCGCUGCGGCUGGUCAGCUGCAGACUGGCUGCUGCGCAGGAGAAGAAGAAGAGGAGCCUGAUGAAGCGUCUGCAGGGCAGCCUGGGUGGCAGCUCCUCUCGAGCCACCGAGAGAAAACCCCCAGGCUCCCCCCUGCGCCCGCUCUGUGAGGCCAUGAUCGACCGACAGUGUGGUCUGAACAGCCUGACGCUGUCCCGCUGCAAACUCUCCGACUCGGUCUGCAGAGAUCUCUCUGAGGCCCUGAGGGAGGCCCCAGCCCUGGCAGAGCUGGGCCUCUUCCACAAUGGGCUCAGCGAGGCCGGCCUGCGUGUGCUGAGCGAGGGCCUGGCCUCGCCCCAGUGCCGGGUGCAGACACUCAGGGUUCAGCAGCCAGGCCUGCAGGAAGCACUCCAGUACAUGGUUGGCAAGCUCCAGCAGAUCCCAGCACUGACCACCCUGGAUCUCAGUGGCUGCCAGCUGUCAGGACCUGCACUGACCUGCUUGUACACCACCCUAAAGUGCCCAGGAUGCCGCCUGCAAACCCUCAGGCUGACCUCUGUGGAGCUGAGCGAGCAGUCCCUGCAGGAGCUGCGAGCGGUGGAGACAGCAAACCCAAGACUAGUCAUCACACACCCAGCGCUGGACGUCCACCCCAAGCCCCCCAAAGUGUCCAUCAGUGCCCUCUGAAGUUCUGAAGGCCAGAACUAGGGAGGAAUCUGGUCAGCCCUACAGAGUAGACCUCCCCAUUUCAAGGACGAGAGGAUGGUGCUCUCUGCUCUGGGCAACCCUUGAGCCUGAGGGGCCCAGGGCAGGCAGGUGGGAGACUCAGACAGACACGGCCCUCGCCUGCUCCGGGGCAGGCCCGGGACACAUCCCUUCCCCCACACCCUGGGGACAGCUUAUGUCUCUUCCUCCCCACAGGGAAGUGGGCCUCCUCCCCUAGCCCUCACCGCUGCCCCACCCAGGCUUCUCUCCUGGGACCCUCCAGCCCUCCCACUGCAGGGUGAAGCAGGAUUGAGCACUGACUGCGUGUUGCCUCUGCCUGGUGAGCUCAGCGAGAGACGACCCAUUUGCGGACCCUGCCCCACUCAGUACAGGCACCCAGAGCCCAGCCGCUCUGCUCUGGCCACAGGGGACCAAGCAGGAGCCAAAGGCGCCCAGAGGAGUCCAGUUGCUCUCUGAGGCCUUCAGAGACUAAGGGGAGUGGAGACGGAGCUCUGAGCAGGGCUGUGAUGGCACCAGUGGUGUGAGCCCCGUGUGCUGAUAAUAAACUCUCCCUGGGAUUCCGGCCUGUCAUUCUCUGCUGCACUUAGCCAGGCAUCCUCACGGGUGCUCACGCCCUC